AAUUUAGCGCGUUCUAGGUCAAAGGUCAGCAAGAAAUGUCAAAAAGACCGAAGAUGGCACCCCUCAAGACAAAAUUUGUUGAAGGUGAAAGAGUUCUCUGCUUCCAUGGACCGCUACUGUAUGAAGCCAAGUGUGUCAAAUCGGAGGUCAAGGAUAAGAUGAUCAGAUAUUUCAUCCACUACAAUGGCUGGAAUAAAAAUUGGGACGAAUGGGUUCCAGAGAGCAGAGCCCUCAAGUUCAACGAGGCCAAUUUGCAGAAACAGAAGGAGUUAUUUGCAGCUCAGAAAGCGAAGGCAAAGAGAGCUCGCACUCAGAAGGCGAAACCUGAGAAGGAAGCCCCGUCAAAGGCACCACCAGCACCACCACUACCACCACCAUCAGAAAAGUCAUCAUCUAAGAGAGCGGCUAAGACUUCCAGUUCUGAACCAGCAUCCACCCCUUCCUCAGCGGCACCCUCGCCCCAACCUGCCCCAGAAGAACCCCCUCCAGUGGCUGCUGCCCCUGCCCCUACUCCCCCAUCAGACUCGCUGAGGAAGAAGAGAUCAAGACCAGAUGCCACAGUUGAAACGGAGGAAUCAUUUGUCAGCAAAGUGGACAUCAAAGUCAGAGUUCCAGAGGAGCUGAAGCCUAUCUUGGUCGAUGAUUGGGAUGCUAUUACAAGACAAAAAAUGUUGCUUCACCUUCCAGCCAGGACUACAGUGGAGCAGAUCUUAGAGGAUUACAUGAAACAGAAGAAGACUAAAAAAGACAUGACACCUGCCAAAGAGAGCACUAUCGCUGAAAUCUGCCAAGGACUCAAAGAAUACUUCAAUGUCAUGCUGGGCACGCAAUUACUCUACAAGUUUGAGAGACCUCAGUUUGCCAAUAUCCUAGCAGCUCACCCGGAUGAACCCAUGUCCAGAGUAUACGGUGCUGUUCACUUACUCAGACUCUUUGUAAAACUCGGUGGAAUGCUUGCCUUUACACCCGUCGACGAGAAGAGCAUGCAACUCCUUCUGACCCACGUCCACGACUUCAUGACGUAUCUCAAGAAGAACUCCUCCACCCUCUUCAAACCCAGCGACUACGAGGCUGCCCCUCCCGAAUACCAUCGGAAGGCUCUGUAGCAUCCAUAACUUGUUUCUCUUUUUAAAAUAAAUUCUCUUUGCCAAUGUGAUGUAUGGAUGAUAAUGAUGUAGAGAGGUGUCGUGGUCUAGCGGAUGAUACAUCGCCUGACUGUGGAUCAUAUGGUUUCGCGGUUUGAGUCCCGCCGCAACACUUAUGUCCUUUGGCAAGAUGUUAAUCUACAUUUGCCACUCUCCACCCAGGUGAAGUAAAUGGGUACCUGGUAGGAAGAAAUUCCUUGAAUGCUUUAGCACCUUAUGGCAGCUCAGCUGUAGCGUACAUAUCCACCACUCAAGGUCCUCCAAUAUCACCCCGGCUCUGCUAUUGAAGCUAUCGAUCCCAGUGCUCACAGCAUUCAAGCAAUUUCUUAUCUCAUGGAUAAUUUCUACAUCUGCCAUGGAUACAAUUUCACAAUGCAUAUACCCGCUUUUGAGUGAAGAAGAAGAAAGGAUUGCGAAGCUAUUUUCAGCCCAAAAUUGUCUGUCAAACAUUAGGGUCUGUUAAAAGCAAGAAGGGCAUUAACUCUGCGCAAAAGGCUCCCCACAGAUGAUUUAGAUUAUCGGGUGGGGUUUUGCAUGGUAAAGCCUUGGUCCGACACAAGGCGGUGAGUUGCCUAAAAAAUAACAAACAAGAAAAAUGCAGCAGCAAAGUACAAUCCGCUUUUGAUAUGUGUAUAAGAAUUGUAAGAAGCGAUGUCAUGGGGAGAUAGCUGCUGAUAAUAGUGGAUAAUAAUUUAAACAAGUCAUAAUGAUUUAUCUGCUUGUAAUAUUAAACAAAUUGUGUGAUCUGCACUGUGCUUUUCCUCAUUUUAUUUUGCUGCAGCAGUUCUUAAGGCAGUUUACUGCUUCGCGGGAUUUUCACAUAGAAGUCCCCCGUUCUGGGGCAUGUUAUAAGAAGUACCCUUUGUAUGAACUACACUACAUUUUGUUGUUACUUUGUGUAGUUUGUGGCUCAUGCAUGUGCUGGAAGUUUAGCCUGCAUAUCUCAUUGUGGAAUGUGUACAUGAAACCUUGGCCUGUUUAUUGCGGUAACCUGUAGCUUAAACGCAAUGUACUAAAGAUCAUGAAGGAACAUUGUGGAUAUUACGAUACUGGAUCGUAUAUGUGUGACCCUUGACCUUUGACAUUAGUUUUUGAGCAGACAAUACUCAAGACAUCUCCAUUUUUCCAAUCAUUUUGUAAAGUUGUGUCUACAAGUAUUUUAAAGAAGUGCAUGAGGUCUGAUGAACUUGUGUGUAUUAAACUGCAUAUGAUUUUUAAUGUAUAAUAAUUAACAGCUGUAAAUAUAUUUGUGUUUUUAUUAUCAUUAUGAAAUGCAGUCAUUUAUGUUUUACAUGUGUACUACCUUUGACGUCAUGAUUAGGAGUAAUUAUGCAAAUGUAUGAUCUUGCUUUGGAAAAAAGCAAAUGUAUGAGGUUGAAAAGAUAAAUGCAACAUGAAGAUGAGGUUUGCAAGAUUAGAGAUGCUUUUAUCAUGUGUAUUUGAUUUCAAUUGUAUUUCAGAUGUGUUGGUAGUAUUGGUAUAGAUGUACAUUAAAACAUGCAUGGUAUCUACAUGCAACAACAACAAUAACAUUUCAUAAGCGCUCAUAACCAUCAUAAGGAUUGCUCAAGUCUUGUAACAGAGUAGUGUUUUAAACAAAAUUCAUAAGGCAAACUAAAUAUUCAAGAAUGAAUGGAUAACAGUAAGAUAAAUGUCAAGAGGAAUUAGCAGUGAUUCUGCCCUCAAUUUUUGUUUUGAGCUGUUGAGUUCUCAUAUAAAGAGGAAAACAUGAAAUUUACUGUCAUAUAUAAAAGAAACAGUGCCAGUCAAAGACACACUUCAAUAUUGCUAGAGGAAUAGAUAAUGUCUAAUCUAUAUAUUCUACAAUGUAUGGCAUUGUACAUGUGGCUAGUCACUGGGCCCUAUGCCACGUUUUUUGGAGUGAGACACAGAUCUUGACAGAUUUACGAGUAACUACGGUAACUGCCAAGACCAAAUAUGGCAGAGAACGUAAGGGGCUCAACAAGUAAUUUUUGUGUUUAUAAAACAUUGAUGUGUAAUAUUAUUGUAUUUUCAGUAAUAUUCAUUACCUGUGUAACUUCAUUUUCAGUGUCCAUUUUCAAGUCGGCUGCCUUUGUUAGGAGUAGAUGAAAAUAUUGGAAAUCAAAUCGUCAUACCAGCUGUAAAAACAUGUAAGGGGCUAAAUACGUAAGGGGCUCAACAAGCCAAUUUAUGUGUUUAAAUAUAUACAACAUUGGUUUGUAAUGUUAUUGUAUAUUCAGUUAUAUUCAUAACUUGUGUAGCAUUUUCAGUGUCCAUUUUCAAGUUGGUUACUGUUUUCAAUAGGAGUAGAUGAACAGAUUGGAUAUCAAAUUGCCAUGCCUCAGUCAGUCAGUCUUAAUGUCAUUUUACCAAGCAACUAAAGCCGUCUGCGCACUAUACGAUCUUCCUGCGAUCUAAUUUUCAAAUCAUUGAAAGUUUAGAAGAUGGAAUGUUCAUAUCAAAUGCAAUUGCCAAUUCUUCCAAAAUCGGAUUGUAGGCAGAUCAUAUAGUAUACAGUGGCCCUUUAACAUUUUUGUGUUUCAACGUGUAGGUAGGGGAAAUUUAGAAAUCAAGUACUAGUCGUAUGCAAUUAGAACUGUUCAGAAAACAUAGUUGUAUGUAUGUUGAAUCCCUCCAAUUCUCUUUGCUUUUUCCUGCCUCUCUCUCUCUUCCUCUCUCUCUCUCUACAUGCAAUUGUUGAGAUGUAUCUGGGUGCACUGCAGAUACAAAAUUAAUCAAUUCUGGUUUAAAGCUACAUUAAAUCAUGUGGAGAAGUCUAAACUGGUAUUUGAAUUUUUAUAGUAAUGUGCAUGUAAUUGUGGUUGAAAAUUUAGGACAUGUAAAGUUUCAUUUUCCCUUUGUUUUGUGGCUAGUCAUGUUCAGUAUUAAAUGUAAAUAUUGUAUAAAGUCACUAUUUUUGCAGCUUGGUAGCAUCUUCAUUAUAAUGCUAGCUUUGAUUCUGGUAUUCAUCAUUUGUUUAUGUACAUACAUGUUAUGAGCAUGGUAACAAGCCAAAAAGAAAUAAUCAUGAUAAUAAAUGUCUUUUUUUUGUGAA